AUGAAUCCCAGCCCCGACCGCGGCAAAGAGUGCCUCCCUCCCAAGAAGAGGGAGUCUCGGCAAGGCUCAGCGGAGCAGCACGCCCCUCCGGACGACUUCAAACCCCCCGUGCCUCUCCGGAGCCGGCCGAGCGCGGGGAGAGGGGAGGGCAACAGAGAAGCCGUUGACAACGACAGGGCUCUGACGAACCCGAUCCCCCACCUCCUAUCAUCCCCUCCACCCCUCCCCACACCCGCUCACACCCCAACUGUCCCCCUGCCCCUACCAUGGCCCCUAGCCUACUCCUCUGUCCCUCUUCCCCUUUUUCCGGGGCAGAUGAGCGAGAGGAGAGGCCCAGGAUCUCCCUCCUGGAGAGAGGACCCUCUCUCCUCGACCCUCCCACACCACUCCAGGUGGCUCAGAGGAGAGUCCCCCCUCACAAUGCCACCUUCUUCAUCCUCCUCUUCCUCCUCAUCUCCUUCAUUUAAGACUCCUUUCCCAGCUGAUUCCAGAGAGAUGUGGUCUUAUUUAAACAGUGGUCGGCGGGACUACAACUCCUCUCUAUUCUCCCCAUCUCAUCUGUUUCCUUUCUACCCCUCGGACGCUGGCCUGGCUGAAGUCAGACACAGAUACAUGGGAAAGCGACCCAACGGCCUGGACAUCCUGGGCAGCAGGACUGCCUCGACCUCCAGGCCCCUCUAUGCCGGAGACUACGGGAGCGACAGCAGCCGAGUCCGGCUAGAUGUCGGCGGUCCCCACGGUUCCCACACCAAUGGCGGGCGGAGACCGCAGGACGAUCUGACAGGCCGCAUCCAGCCUGGAAGUGUAUUUUUUUCAAACUCCCAAGCUCAGGAGGGCCAUGAUAUACAUUCCUCGCUGCAGGACAGGGACACGCAUGGGUUAGUUAAGACCAGCUCCAAUUUGUUUCCUAACAGUCCCCAUCGCCUCGGCCCAGACCCAAGGGCGGGAAGGGGUGGGGGGACAAUGGAUACCGCAGGAGGCCUGCCCGCAGAGGCCCAGGUCUACUACUCACACGGAUCUGUGUACCACCACAGCCCAGAGACACAGGCCUACCCACCUUACAGCCCCUCAGAAACACCCCUGUACAGCAUGCAGAGGGAGCCUGCACCCAGACAACACAGUCUGAGGAACUCACCGCACUCGCCCCUCAGUCUGCCCAACUGCCACAACAGAUCACAACGAGACCGGGAGAGAGACCAAGAUAAAUACAGAGAGAGAGAAAGAGAGCGGGAACGAGAACAGGAACGAGAGAGAGGGAGUAGUAAGGACAGAGACACAGAGAAGGACCAGGAACAUGACAAGGACCGAGAGCAAGAAAGAGACAAUGAACGGGAGAGACAGCGAGACAGAGAACGAGUCCGAGACAGAGAUAGAGGCAGGGAGCUCUCUCAUGGGCGGUACUCCCACCUCCAUGCCUCACCCCCGGCCCCUAACUCGCCUCCCCCCGCGCUCCUACCUCACUUCACCAAGGGUUCUCUGAUCGAGCUGGCCAACGGGCGACUGAAGAGGGUGGAGGAGCUGCGGACAGAGGACUUCCUGAGGAGCGCCGACACCUCCCCAGAUUUCCACCUCAGCACGUGCACCGUGCUCCUCAUCGCCCCCAGCAGUGCUCACGGUUUCAACCACCUGCAGGUCCUCCUCACUGAUCGCAACACUCAGGAGUUACUGAAGGUUUUGGCAGAGUAUCCGUUCUUUGUGCGGGACCGAGGCUGGUCUUCUUGUUGUCCCCUGAGAACCACACAGCUCUACGGCCUGCCCUGCCGCCAGCUGGCCGAGGGCGACGUCUGCCUGGCGCUCACCCCCACGUCCACGCCGACCCACCGGACGCAUGCACGCACCAGCUCCAGGGCCGCUCGUGCGCGCCUCCCCACCAGAGUUGGGGGGGAGCUCGGCGGCUUCCACAGGGAGGAGAUGCCACCCCCCCCACCUCCUCCUCCUCUGCACCCGCCUCCCCCGCCCGCUCUGCCCCCUUACCCUGCUCCCACUGCCGCUGAUCCCCCCGUGGAGGAGAAGCCCCGCCUGCGUAAAAGGCGCUGGUCGGCCCCAGGGACCCUGCCCUCAAAUGGAAGUGAUGAAACCCUCCCGGAUUUACCUCAUGCCUCCAAGCAAAUGAAGCGUCAGUAG